AUGCAAAACAACAACGAACAUCAUAUCAUUGUGUUGGAUGGAGACAAUUUGACCUGUGAGCAGUUAUAUCAAAUUGGUUACGAUAUUAAAACUAGAAUUCAAUUAUCGGAGGAAGCAAAGGAACGUGUUGUGGAGGCUAGAAAAAUUGUUGAUGAUAUCAUCUCUACUGAUCAGGUAAAAUAUGGUAUUAAUACAGGUUUUGGUAGUUUUGCUACAACCGUUAUUGCAAAGCAAGAUAUUGAAGAUUUACAAAAGAAUUUAAUUCGUUCUCAUUCUGCUGGUGUUGGAGAGUACUUAUCUUUGGAAAGAUCUAAAAUGUUGUUGGCUCUCCGUAUUAACGUUUUGGCAAAGGGUUUCUCUGGUAUUAGAUUGGAUACUGUUGAAAAAUUGGUAAAGGCUUUUAAUGCUGGAUGCAUUUCUGCUGUUCCAUGUAAAGGAAGUGUUGGUGCAUCUGGAGAUUUGGCUCCUCUUGCUCACAUGGCUCUCGGAAUGAUGGGAGAAGGAUUAAUGUACAAUCCUUCAACAAAGACCUAUGAGGAUGCUGCCAAAGUACUCAAGGAACACGGUUUGGAACCUAUUCAAGUUCAAGCUAAGGAAGGUUUGGCUCUUAUCAAUGGUACUCAAUUCAUUUGUGCUUUGGGUACUGAAGCUUUGGUUCGUUCUGUUAAUGCCACUCGUGUUGCUGAUAUUGUUGGUGCUAUGACUUUGGAAGCUCUUAGAGGUACAUUCAAAGCUUUUGAUGCUAGAAUUCAUGCUGCCAGACGUCACACUGGACAAGUUAAAGUUGCUGGUAGAAUGAGAUCCCUUUUGUUCUCCGAAAAGACUGUUGGAAAUGAAAAGAAGUUUGAAAUUUCUGAAAUUUCAGGAAGCCAUUUGAAUUGUUCAAGAGUCCAAGAUGCCUAUACAUUGAGAUGUAUUCCUCAAGUGCAUGGUAUUGUCAACGACACUGUUGAAUUCUGUAAGAAUAUUAUGGAAAAUGAAUUAAAUGCAGCCACCGAUAAUCCAAUGGUAUUUAGUAAUAAGAAAGGAAGUCAGGUUCCAAACUCGCAUCACAUACAUUUAGAUGAUGAAAAUUCUCGUUCAGAAUUACAUUUGACAACUUCUUUGGAAAAUGACGAACAAAUUGUCAGUGGAGGUAAUUUCCAUGGUGAAUAUCCUGCUAAGGCUAUGGACUUUUUGGCUAUUGGUAUUACUGAAUUGGCAAAUAUCAGUGAAAGAAGAAUUGCUCGUUUAAUUGAUGGUAACUUGAGUGGUUUACCAGCAUUUUUGGUUAAAGAUGGAGGUCUUAACUCUGGUUUUAUGAUUGCACACUGUACAGCUAGUGCAUUAACCAGUGAAAAUAAGGUUUUGGUGCAUCCAAGUUCCAAUGAUACAUUAUCUACAUCUGCUGCUAAGGAAGAUCACGUAUCUAUGGGUCCAUUUGCUAGUCUUAAAUGUCUUGAUGUUGUCAAGAAUGUUGAAUAUGUUUUGGCAAUUGAAUUAAUGUGUGCUUGUCAAGGUGUUGAUCUUUUAAGACCUCUCAAAACUACGCCAAUUUUAGAAAAGGUUUAUCAAUUGGUUAGAUCAGUAGUUCCAAAAUAUGAAAAAGAUAGAUUCCUUUCACCAGAUAUUGAAAAUAUUUGUCAACUCAUCAAGAGUGGAAAAUUGUGGGAAACUGUUAAGGACGACCUUGAAACUUAUAUGCAUUAAAUUUUGAAAAUAAAAUUUUUACUUGAGUUUUCGUU